AUGGCACUCGAUCGGACAGGCCAGUUUUAUAAGCUUAUCAAGGAUAUGGACGGUUGUUACACUUAUAACUAUGUUAUUAUAUUGUCAACGCAUUUGCCUGCUAUUGGGGUCUUUGAUGAUCUGGGUUGCUCAGGUCCAUCGGGAUCGGCCUCGGCAUCAUCGUCAACAGCAGUAGUAUCGCAGUUUAAUAAGUACGCCAAUGAGAUUGGGGUAGAUUUGCACCAGACGCAGAUGAAGAUACAGGAGUUGGGAAAACUGGCUCGAGCGAAGGGAAUCUUCAAUGACCAGUCUGCUCGGAUAAACGAUUAUACAGGGGAUAUCAAGAGAGAUCUGGACGGGCUUAACCAGAAAAUAGAGUUAUUGCAGCAACAUGCUAAUAGGUCCACGGAGAGUCGGCAGGCUUCAGCGCAUACCAGUGGUAUAGUGAAGACUCUCCAAACUAGGUUGAUGGGGCUUACCAAGGACUUCAAGGAUGUCUUGGAGUUGCGAACUAAGAUGUUACAGCAACAGGACAGACGGCGCAACAUGUACGCGUUUUCUUCAAACAAUCCCUUUGAGCUGGGUGGAAGAGGAAGUAUGGAGAUGACCGAGCGAUCGUCGUUUUCUGGAGGCCCCCGUAGUGGUUUUGAUAUAGAGGGCGGUCGCGAGGAGCAGGAGCAGAUGUUGCAGGGCCCUGGGUACUUGAAUGCUAGGGCUAACGCUGUCCAAGCUGUGCAGAAGACUAUUGGUGAGCUCGCCCAGAUGUUCCAGAAAGUAUCGUCCAUGGUCUACGAGCAGGACGAGAUGAUCACGCGAAUAGAUUCUGAUGUUGAUGAUACCAUGGGUCACCUAAAUGAAGGGCAGAACCAACUGUUGAAAUACUUCCAUAGUAUAUCGGGGAAUCGGUCGCUGAUAUUGAAGAUCUUCGCUAUACUUAUAUGUUUUGUCAUAUUUUUUGUCCUAUUUCUAGCCUAA